UCGUGACCGGAGCAAGGAAGCUCCCUCGGGCCGGAACCCUCGAGUCGGGGGCCUGGUCCCCUCACUCGGCUGGGACUUCUCGGCGCGACAGUCUGCCCUCCCUUCCCUGACUCAGCUCGCCUUUUCCCAUCCCAUUGUUGUAUGGAAAUCUUCCUUGAUUUCAGCGCUCGGGAGGGUCCAAGUGGCUCUGUGUUUUCUAGAAUCCUGCUAAAGAUGAAGAAAAACAGAGAAAGAUUCUGCAACCGAGAGAGGGAAUUUGUGUAUAAAUUCAAAGUUGGAAGUCAGUGCUUUGAACUGAGGGUACCCCUCAAAUUUCCUGUUCAAGAGAAUGCCAGUCAUUUACAUGGACGUCUGAUGCUACUGCACAACUUACCAUGCUUUAUAGAAAAAGACUUAAAAGAAGCUCUGAGCCAGUUUAUCGAAGAAGAAUCCCUCAGAGAUUAUGACAGGGAGGCCGAAGCCGCCCUGGAAGCUGUGAAGUCAGGUGAAGUCGAUCUGCAUCAUCUGGCAAGCACAUGGGCCAAAGCUUAUGCCGAGACCACGCUAGAGCACGCGAGGCCCGAGGAGCCCAGCUGGGAUGAAGACUUCGCAGAUGUGUACCAUGACCUCAUCCAUUCUCCCGCCUCUGAAACUCUCCUAAACUUGGAACACAACUACUUCGUCAGUAUUUCCGAACUCAUUGGUGAAAGAGAUGUGGAGCUGAAAAAGUUACGGGAGAGACAAGGUAUUGAAAUGGAAAAAGUGAUGCAGGAGUUGGGAAAGUCACUGACAGACCAAGAUGUAAACACCCUGGCUGCUCAACAUUUUGAAUCCCAGCAGGACUUAGAAAAUAAGUGGUCCAAUGAAUUAAAACAAUCGACUGCCAUUCAAAAACAAGAGUAUCAGGAAUGGGUAAUUAAACUUCAUCAAGACCUGAAAAACCCCAACAACAGCUCCCUCAGCGAGGAAAUUAAAGUUCAGCCAAGUCAGUUCAGAGAAUCCACUGAAGCAAAUGGAAGGGUUUAUGAGGAGCAGAGGAAGUUAGAAGAAAGUUUUACCAUUCACUUAGGGGCCCAGUUGAAGACCAUGCAUAACCUGAGGUUGCUGAGAGCAGACAUGCUGGACUUCUGUAAGCACAAGAGGAACCAGCGAAGCGGCGUGAAGCUCCACCGACUGCAGACAGCGUUGUCGCUCUACUCCACGUCCCUUUGUGGCCUGGUGUUGCUGGUCGAUAAUCGAAUCAAUUCCUACAGUGGCAUUAAGAGAGAUUUCGCCACAGUUUGCCAAGAGUGCACUGACUUUCAUUUCCCUCGGAUUGAAGAGCAGCUGGAGGUUGUCCAGCAGGUGGUACUUUAUGCAAGAACCCAGCGCAGGAGCAAGUUGAAAGAAUCUCAUGAUUCUGGAAGCCGAAAUGGAGGAAGUGAUGAUAAGACUAAAACUGCAGAUAGAAACUAUUUAAAUAUUUUACCUGUUCAGGCCCUUGAUGCUCUUCCAGACUGAAUGCCCUCGGAUGACCCUCAGCAGUGUUUGUAUGACAGGUCACAACAGGAAGGCCCCUUUGCAGACAUUGUGUCAAGUUUCUUCAACCACAUGUCACAGGUACAGAAACAACCAAGGUUGUCUGGCCCCAUUUCCUUCCCCAGAUUUUCGAUGCCGAGGCCACAUUCCACGUAAUCCUGGUGCUCACUACCCUCCUGGCCAGCUAGCUGUGGUCGUCGGCUUCCGGGUGCGCGCCCACCUCAGACAGCCCACCCCGGUGGGUGAUGCUAAGUGGCGGGGAUUGCGUCACCACGUGGCGGUUCUCCACUUUGUGGAGCAGGAAACCGUCCUCCUCUCUGUCUAAAAAUACCUUCAUUGAGACAGGAUUUAUCUUAUCUCUUUGUAGAUCCAUAAUUUAAAUCAUCUAUAUUUAGUGGCUUUCUUAAAAUGUGUCACCCUUAUCUGUUCUGGAGGUACAGAUGUCUGAUUUUUUUAAACUUAACUCUUUUUUGCUGUGUGUGAAAAGUUUUCCCUCUUGGUCCCUCUUGGAGAAAGCCUGUAGGUGAGAAUCUGUCUAUUACUAGUAAAUCAGGAGACUGUGCCAUAAGUCAGCAUCAGAGAAGGAGUCGUAAGGGUUCAGUGAGCUAUGCUGGUAGCUUCUGAGUUUCCGUUUGGGGAAAGCUUGCCAGCCUAGCCAGGAAGGAUACAGGAGAUUAGAAGGGUCCAGAUCACAAAAUGCUUCUAGAUUUCAAAGUUACAGAGAAAGAGUUUGAUUUAUGUCUCUUUUAACCAGUGAGUUUGCUUUGUCGUUAUUUAAUUACCUGUAGCUUGUAUCAUCUUAAGAAUUAAACAUCAGCUUCUUUAAUUCUUAGAACAGCUUUGUAAGGAAAGCAGUCAGGCGUUAUUUUUCCCAUCUAAUUCAUGAAGUACAGAGGAUCCAUAAAUUGAAUUGAUUUGCCCAAGAUCACUCAAUCAGUCAGUACUAGACGCCAGAUCUUCUUAACACACAGUCUGGUCCCUUUUCCUACCAUCUUCUGUUAUUUCAAUCACCGCUGCCAGCUCCGAGACCCCCAUUGUUCCUCACGGGUAAAACGAGGCCCAGGACAAGUUGUCUGAGGUCAGAUGAAGCAGUGCCGGCUUGGGGAUUAGGAACACCUGACUUGUGCACUAAGUCAUCAGCCCCCAUGCUGGCCGUGGCCCAGGUUCAACAUGGUGACUCCCAUCACCUAAGCCAUCAGCCAGAGCUCGAAAGGUGAGGCUUCAUGGCACCUGCCCGGUUUCUGAUAAGCAGUCUGCGUCUCAUGUUGCCUGCCAGGGAAAUGGCAGCCAUACCACUUCUUGCCAGACAAGUUUUUUUCUUUUAAUGUUUCUUUUGUCUAGUUUGGCCUGUCACCGGCCUUUCUUUAAUUUCUUUUAUGGCUUAUCUAGUUCUUAUAUCAUAAGUCAAAGAAAAAAAAAAACAGACUUUUGACUAGGGCCUAUCAGUGACACAACUUAUGUACACUUGUAACUGGAAAUGGUUAAACACUGUGCCAGUGUGUGUUAAGUGCUUUAAACAUACUCUGUGUUUAUAAGUAAAUAUAAAGUAAAAUCCUAAGAUAAGGACCUUGAGGCCAGGAUGAGCGGAAUUUGUGGGGACGUGGGUUAGUGAUGGAAGACUAGGUUUUAUAACAGCAGGAUUUUCCUCGAAGAACAUCUCAGAAUUUCCAGUGAGGCAGGUGUGUUUAUAAAAACAUAUUUUUAAAAAAAACAUAUUUUUAUAUGCUUUCUGUUUGUUUACAUUGACAGAAACUGCCGAAUAUAAAAGCCAGUGGCUGGCAUGGCUACCUAGGAAAUGGAGUGAUUGUAGAAAGCCUGGAUGUUAAGGCUUGAUAAAACAAGCUUUUGGUUGAAAACGUUUGAUUCCCAUUCAGCAAACCAAAGCUUACCAGGUACCUUCUGUGUACCAGGUCCUAUAGUUUCAUGAGCUGCAGACAGCACGGUAAACGAGAGAGACAAAAGUCCUUACAGUCACGGCAUGUAAACAGUGGUGCACUCUUUAAAACAACCUCAUAAACAGAUAACAAAAGAAUUUCAGUGCUGAGGAGAAGAUAAAACAGAACAAUGUGAAAGAGAAUGAGUGAGGGGUGAGGGAGUCCUACAUCAAUCAGAUGGGUCAAUCAAGGAAGACUUCUGGGAGGAGGUGACUUUCGUUCUGAGACAUGAUUGGUGAAAAGCAGUCAUCUGGACAGGAGCCAUGGGGGAAGGGCCCUCAGGAAGCAGCCCUGGAUCAGGAACAAGGCUGGUGUAUUUGAAGACCUUAAGGAAGGCCGUGUGGCUGGGGCAGGAGGAGAGGGUGUGACAAGAGGAUGGAGUUUGGGUUUUUUUCCUGAGUGUCAUGUGAGCCUUUUGGACCAUAUUAAGUGGGAGAGUUAUGUAAUCUGAUCUAUACUUAAAAUCAUUUUAACUGUACGUGUGGAUAUGAUCUGUUGGUGGGCAAGAAUGGGAACAGAGAGGUUAAUUUGGAGGCUGUUGCUGAAACCUAGGUGAUAAGAUGGUAUUGUGAACUAGGGUGAUAGCAAUAAAAAUGGAGUGUUCAGACUUGAGAUAGUUGAGGUGGCCUUCAUGGCAAAUAGAAGGAGAAAAAAUGGAAGCAGUGACAGAUUUUAUUUUCUUGGCCUCCCAAUUCUCUGUGGGCAGUGACUACAGCCAUGAAAUAAAACGCUUGCUCCUUGGAAGGAAAGCUGUGACAAACCUAGACAGUGUAUUAAAAAGCAGAGACAUCACCCUGCUGACCGAGGCCCAUAUAGAUAAAGCUAUGAUUUUUCCAAUAGUCAUGUACAGAUGUGAGAGUUGGACCAUGAAGAAGGCUGAGCACCAAAGAAUUGAUGCUUU